CAGCUGGUAGCGGGAAAUCGAAACUCAAGCUGUUAAAACCGCUGCCUUGCCCUUCGGAAUCGCAUCUCGAGACUCUCUAAGCGUCCCUCCGCUGUGGGCGCCCGGGAGCCGCGGACUCAGAGCUAUGUUCACCCGCACUCGGGUGGUGGGCUCCGGGCUCGGCGCCUCUCCCGCCCCCGGCCUGACCCGGGACCUCCCCGGGCGGCCCCCGGAGCCAGGUCGGCUGCAAGGUCCCAGACCCGGUUUGGAGGUGGCGCCCCAGAGCCCUGCGCGGGAAAGCCGGGGGCUCCAGAGCCAGCGGGUCCCAGGUGCAUAUACCAUGAUAGUACCAAACGAAAACCGAAGAAAUCAGAUAAAAAGGAUUGCUGAGAAAGAGCUGGAGAGUCUUGAGAAGUGGAAGGAGCAACAUAGAGCGAAGCCCGUUAACCUGGCACCACGGCAGUUGGGUGGAAGCCAAUCAGAGGCUGAAGUCAGACAGAAACAACAACUCCAACUGAUGCAAUCUAAAUACCAGCAAAAGCUAAAAAGAGAAGAAUCUGUAAGAAUCAAGAAGGAAGCAGAAGAAGCCAAAAUGCAAAAAAUGAAGGCAAUUCAGAGAGAGAAGAGCAAUAAACUAGAGGAGAAAAAAAGGCUUCAAGAAAACCUCAGAAGAGAAACAUUUAGAGAGCACCGGCAAUACAAAACUGCUGAGUUCCUGAGCAGACUGGCUGCAGAGUUGCCAGACAGAAGUACCCAUCAAAUUGCUCAUGACCCACAGUCUUCAACUUGGGCCAGAAGCCGGGCUUAUAAGGAUUCUCUAAAGGAAGAAGAAAACAAAAAAUUGCAAAAGAUGAAGGAGGAACAACAUCAGAAGAGUGAAUUACUGGAAUUUAAGCGACAACAACAGGAGGAAGAAAGGACCAAAACUCACCAAGCUGAACACAGGAGGGUAAAUAAUGUUUUCUUGGACCGGCUCCAAGGCAAAAGUCAACCAGGUGGCUUUGAGCACUUUGGAGGCCAUUGGAAUACGAAUAGUGGUAACAGCUGGGAUGUAUGAGAAAUAUUUACUUCAUCUGUCCUUUGUCACCUGACCUUGAAGAACCUCACUUGAUGAUUUUCCUUAAAACUCCUUUAUUUAUCUUCACUGUUUUUACCUUGACUUCAGUUGCCCAUCCACUCAGCUGAAUGAACAUUGGGGAUGACCAGUUUUCCCCUGUUAUUAUUGAUGCAUGUUUGUAGAAUCUGAUUGCUGAGCUCAGAUUUAAUUUCUACUGCCAGUGAAAUGUUACACUCUCUCACUGGUUUCACAUCUUAUUGGAAACCUAAUUACAGCAAUGUUAGUAAGAUAAAAAAAGGAGGGAAUAAUUCGAUACUUUUGGGUUUGCAAGAGUUAUGGGUGCUACAUGCUUAUCUCUCAAAGCAGCUAAUUCUUAUGUAAUUCUCAGAUAAUGCUGGGGGAAGCUUUGGCAUUUUUUAGAUUAACCUCUACUUAAUCCAGGGUACAAACUUGAGCAAAAGAAAAAAAUAAAUCUUUUAUACUCUUUUAAACACAUUCAUAAAUAAAUUUUGAAAUACUUCUGUAUAAAUGGUUUUUAUUUUUAAUGAAAAGCUCUUGAGUUGUUCUCUUUUGAUGGGUCUCAUUUUUAUAUUCUUUAUAGUCUAUGUAGAUCAAAUGUAAGACUGCAAUCACUAUUGGAUCUGCCUUUGGUAUUGAUUUACUUACUAAUACUAUUCCUCUGGUUUUUCAUAGUGGGCCAGCUAAUCGCCUGAAAGGACAUGGUUUAUAUAAAAAUCAACUAAAUGGAAAUAUAGAUACAAUGUGGUUUUUAGGUGUUCUGGAAAUUUGUCUUUUCUCUAUGCACCCUAUGUCCUAUAGCUAAUUCAGCAGGCUUUCUGUUCUACUUUUAUGCCCUUACCUGGUUAUAGACCUGAGAGUGCAAGAGUGUUGGUUUUCCAUGCUUUAUGUUCUAGUCCCAACUCCAUGUUAUAUAGAAGAGCAUUACAUUUAGUCUUAGAAUGAAGGUGGGAAGAGCAAAUAGUUUUGCAGCUGAGAAACUAAUACUAUUUUUUUAAAUGGCAUUUAACUGACAUGCAAUGUUAUAUUAGUUUCAGGUGUAUAACAUAGUGAUUCGACAUUUGUAUACAUUGCAAACAGAUCACAAUGUAAGCCUAGUUACCAUCUAUUACCUUGCAAGUUAAAAUAAUAAUAUUUGGUAUAUUCCCCAUGCUGUGCAUUAUAUCCCCAUAACUUACUCAUUUUAUAAUUGAAAGUUUGUGUUUCUUCAUCCCCUUCACCCCCCUACUUCUCUAAAACCUCUCUGGCAACUACUAUUCUGUUUUCUGUAUCUGUGUGCUUGGGUUUUGUUUGUUUUUAGAUUCCACAUAUAAGUGAAACCAUGCAGUAUUUGUCUUCCUCUGUCUGACUUAUUCCUCUUAGAAUACUACCAUCAAGUUCCAUUCAUGUUAUCACAAAUGGCAAGGUUUCAUUCUUUUUAUGGCUGAAUACUAUUCCAUUAUACAUAUCUACCACAUUGUCUUUAGCCAUUCAUUCACUGAUGGACAUUUAGGCAUUGUUUUCGUAUCUUGACAAUGGUGAAUAACAUUGCAAUGAACAGAGGGGUACCUAUAUCUUUCCAAAUUAGUGUUUUUGUUUUCUUCAGUUAGAUACCCAGUAGUGUAAUUGGUCAUAUGGUGGUUUUAUUUUUAAAAUUUUGAGGAAACUCCAUAUUGUUCUCCAUAGUGCAUAAGCUAAUUUACAUCACUACCACCAACGAAGGUUCCCUUUUCCUCACAUCCUUGCCAACACUAAUUUCUGUUCUUUUGGUAAUGGCCUGAUGGGUGUAAUGUGAUUAUCUCCUGCUGUUUUGAUUAGCAUGUCCCUGAUGAUUAGUGAUAUUGAGCAUCUUUUCAUGUGCCUGUCAGCCAUCUGUAUGUCUUCAUUGAAAAAAAAUGUCUCUUCAGAUCUUUUGCCCGCUUUUUCCUU